CGUCAACAAAGCAAACAAAGGUGGCGGUCGUGAAGCUGACGGAUGUGUUAAACCCGGUUUGUGAUCCUGUGAGACCACCGGUAUGUUCUCCCUUCUACCGCCCAGAAGCACUUUGGUGGUGGCGGCUCUCAGCCUGGUCCUGAGCCGCUUGUCCUGCUCCUCUCUGACCGUCCCAGACGUCCCGCACAUCGCCACUUACUUCGGCACCAAGACCCGGUACGAGGACGUGAACCCGCACCUGCUGCGGGACGUCUUGUCCGUUAACAAAUCCGUCUUAAAACCGCCGCCCACCGAGCGGUGCACCCCGGUCCACCUGACCGCGGUCAUCAGGCACGGCAGCCGGUACCCGACCGUCAAAAACAUCCGGAGGAUCCAGAAACUGAGCGAGCUGGUCCGGAGAGAAGCUUCCAGGGGCUCCGCGGGCUCCGCGAGUUGGCUGCAGGACAUCCAGAGCCGCUGGGAGAACUGGUACACCGAGGACAUGGACGGUCAGCUGGUGAUGAAGGGCAGGGAUGACCUCCGUCAGCUGGCGCAGCGUCUGUCUGUCUUGUUCCCGUCGCUCCUGUCGGAGGAGAACCUGAGGAGGAUCAGCCUGAGGAGCAGCUCGAAGCAUCGCUGUGUGAGCAGCGUGGAGGCCUUUCAGGAGGGUCUGCAGCAGCUGUGGAGGCGCUCAGAGGUGCAGUAUAGCCACGAGGUGGACGACGAGCUGAUGCGCUUCUUUGAGCAUUGCCGUGGUUACGUAGAGGGCGUGGAGAAGAACCGCACGGCGCUGCUGGAGGUGGAGAAGUUCAAACAUGGGGAGGAGAUGGAGGGAGUGAAGAGGAGGAUGGCCGAGAGACUGGGCCUUCCUCAUCACCGCUUGACACCAGAUCUGGUGGAAGCAGCGUUCUUCUUGUGUUCGUACGAACUCUCAAUCAAAUCUGUUCACUCUCCGUGGUGCUUCCUGUUUGAUGAGAACGAUGCAAAGGUGUUGGAGUACAAGUCAGACCUGAAGCAGUACUGGAAGCGCUCUCAUGGUCAUGUGAUCAGCAGUCUGUCCAGCUGUCCUCUCUUUCAUCACGUGUUCAGGACGCUGGACCGGGCGGGACGUCCCCGCAGGUCCACAGAGGCAUCACCUGAGCCGGCCUCCAUCCUGGUGGGUCACGCCGAGACGCUCCUCCCCCUCCUCUCGCUGCUGGGACUCUAUAAGGAUGAGACACCGCCCACUGCCAACAACUACCACACACAGCAAGGUCGAAGUUUCCGGACCAGUCUCAUCGUGCCGUACGCCGCCAACCUGCUCUUCGUCCUGUACGACUGCCAGCGAGGCCCCCGGCUGCAGCUGCUCAUCAACGAGUCUCCGGUUCGAUUCCCGGGGCUGGAGGCGGAGGACGCGCCGCUGUACCGGGACGUCCGGGCCACAUACCGCCACCUGCUGGACGGCUGCGACUUCCACAGCGAGUGUGAGGGUCGUCCUGGAGGACGUGGACCAAACACUGAACUCUAAGAAGAGACUGGUUCGCUCUGGAUUUGAUGUCUUCAGAACGGGUCAGUGGUGAGUUGUUCUCGGCCUUCUGUCCAGCACUCGAUGAUUUAUCGUCGCCACAGGCCUGAGUAUUGCAGUCCAGGAAACCGUCACCGGGCCACGAUAAGUGGUGGUGAGAUGUGAGGCAGGCAUUUGAGUCUGUGAUGAUAUGAAAUACAUAAAUAAGAUAUUAUGGAACAAAUAAGCACCAAGAAAUUUUGAAAUCAUUUCAUAAAUUAUUGAAAGUCAUUAUUUGAAAACGUUUUCAUCGUUCUUAUCUUAACGGUAUCAGGGUUCAUUUUUAUUUCAUGACAUUUUUCAUUGAGAAAAGGUUGUUUUUAUUACAUUUUUUCUAAAGAUGCUUUAUUAGUAAAUAGCAUGAUGGAAGAUCAUCAUUAUCCUCAUAUUUGAAAAGUUUUCAUUCAAAUUCCAGCUUUUUUUGUGUGUGUUUGAUUGAUUUUGGUGAACUGACCCUUUAAUCUGUUGUAAACCAGACUCAGUGAAGAAGAUUAUUGGUGGCAGUGCGAUUCUCUUCAGGAUUGAAGCUGCUUUAUGUUCUUUAUUUAUUCUAUUUUUAUGAUCAUGUGACAUGUUUGCCUUUUGGUUCUUGAUGAUUUGAUUCCUUUGUUGAGGUUUGGCUCGCUGCAGUUCCUCUAAUGUCCACCAGAUGCUGCUGUCGAUCAAACUGACUGUAUUGAAGUGAAUGUUAAAACCUCUUGCUUCUCUCAGUCAGUGUAGUUUUUACACAAGUUCAGCUUUCAGCAGAUUCUCUGAGUCCACAUAUCCAGAUAUCUGCCCUGAUUCAGCAGAAACCUCGACACUUGGCCGUUGCCCCCCGUAGGUUAAAUCAUUGCCAAACAGCCAAGGGGUUCUGAGUCAGUCUGAGGGAGGACUUUGACAAUAAGCGUCGUGUGAAAAGAUAACGAGGCUGACAGAGAAUCAGGUCAUGAACGUCUCUGGUUCGGCUGCAGAGGUCUGAUUCUGUUUGGUGUCUUCAGGGUUAAUUAUUUUUUUACUGUUGUUUUCUUUCAAUGUCAUUGUGCCUACUGUGCGUUUCAAGUUUAGAAUGGCGGCUCGGCUUUCAUCACUUUGAGUUGUUUACUGGUGUCAGCUUUCGCUCGCUGACUUCCUGUUCCUGUGGAUGCCAAAUGUUUUUCAUUGAAAAGCUUUAAUAAACGUUUUUCACAG